GCUGCGUCCAAUGAGAGGACCCAGCGAGCUGGUGGCAGCCAAUAUCCGUGAGCCGGAGCCCGACACACGGAUAAACACAGACGCAUCCUCCCUCCUGAAGACCACACAGUGACGGAGCGACCCAGUCCAUUGUUUGAGCCGAAGAAACGCAGCCCAUGGCUUCGUACAGAGCUGGCGGGAUGGGAAAGAUGGGGAAGGACCCAAAGAAGCCUAGGGGCAAAAUGUCCUCCUACGCUUACUUUGUGCAAACGUGCCGGGAGGAGCACAAGAAGAAGCAUCCCGGGGCCAGUGUCAACUUCUCAGAGUUCUCCAAGAAAUGCUCUGAGAGAUGGAAGACAAUGUCACAGAAGGAGAAGGGCAAGUUCGAGGAUAUGGCCAAACUAGACAAGGUGCGCUACGAGAGGGAAAUGACGAGUUACAUUCCUCCCAAGGGCCAGAAGAAGAAGCGAUUCAAGGACCCCAACGCCCCCAAGAGACCACCGUCUGCAUUCUUCCUGUUCUGUGCAGACUUUCGUCCCAAGGUCAAAAUUGAGACCCCUGGACUCACCAUCGGGGACACAGCGAAGAGGCUGGGAGAGAUGUGGAACGGCCUCUCUGCAGAGAACAAGCAGCCGUAUGAGAAGAAGGCUGCCAAGCUGAAGGAGAAAUACGACAAGGAAAUCAUUGCUUACCGUACAAAGGGCAAAGUGGAAGUUGCAGCACCUGCCGCACCAGUGGAGGAUGAUGACGACGACGAAGAGGAUGGAGACGAUGACGACGAUGAUGAUGACGACGACGAUGAUGAGUAGAUCGCAAAGGGAUGGGACCUGGAGUUUUGUUUAUGCCAUAUAACCCAACUAUACUCAAUUCACCAUCUUGAAACAAAGUCAGAUUGAACGCGAACAUGUGUAUAUUUAAUGUUUUUAAGAUGUACAGUGUUAUGCUCCUUUUUUUUGUAAAGUUAACACUACAUAUCUUAAGUUGGAGAUUUUCUAGUGGUAGUUCUUUAUCCCUGUUACAAUUUAGGAGGACUACAAACCGGUAUGAAAGUAUCUAGUCUAUAGGUGUUACAACUCAAAAAUAAGAUUUCUGAGUUGGUAGUGUAUUUCUUUUAUUUUGGAAAAAAAAAAAUGUAUGUGCUGUCCCAAUGUCUUUUUAUUGUUCUUUGAAUACCACUCUCUAAUAUCAAAUGCAGCUGUUGACAUUUAAGAAUGUCUUCAAUAAAGGUUGUUUUUUAAAGAAG